AUGCUGAAUAUAAAUAUGACUGGUCGAAGGCAGCGACAGCAGCUGGCGCGUGCGCAGCCAGGCCAGGGCGAGCGGCAAGAUCUAGACACGCUGUGCUGCUCGCCGCUCUGGCCCUGGUCGGCGGAGCCGCAGCUGCCGGCCAAUUGCGCUGAAGCGAUCGCCCAUAUGUGGCUGGGCAGCUGCGACCUGGACAGCUGCCCCGACAUGCGGCGAUAUAACAGUGCUGUGGUCUGGCAGGUCGCACCGGACCUCCCCCCCAGCACCAGCACGAGCAGCGGCAGCAGAGUCCACAACGACAGCUCCGGCAUCAUCGCCGCACGCAGCUCCCUGCGACUCGUCAACCGCAAAGCUCGCUCCAUUGUAGACGAGUGGCCGCGGCUGAUCCGCGUCGCCGUGGCGCAUGAGCGCGACUGGAACGGCCUCGUCGCCGCGGCGCCACGGCUGGCGCCGGCUGCGCGGGCGCUGCGCGUUUGCAUCUCCAAACCCUACUACACAUCAUUUCCGUCCAUCAUCCUUCCGCAGCUGGGCUUCAACAGUCUGAUCUCCCUCAGUUUCAACAACAAAUGGGACGAGGUUGUCCACCCGUACGAGAUCGCUGACCUUGCAAGCUGCCUCCCCAACUUCCCGCUCCUGCAGCGGCUCGAGAUCGAUCUCGAAACCUGCUCAACCGAGAACAGUGGUAUGGGCGUGCUGGUCGCCGCCGCGGCGCGCCACCUGCCCGAGCUGCGGUCCCUCUCGCUGCGCAGCGUGCGCGCCGACGGCAGCCGGGCGCUGCGGGACGCGCUGGCCUGCCGGGCUUGGCCCCACCUGCAGGAGCUAGGCGCCGAGCGCGUCUCGCCCGAGGCGGUGGAGGUGCUAGGCAGCCCCGCCUGCCCGGCGGGCCUGACGGCGAUCGUGCUGUCAAUCCUGACCGGCAGAGCCUACGGCGUGGCCCUGCAGGCCCUGAGUGCGACGGCGGCGGCGGGGCGGCUCCGCUGCCUGCGGCAGCUGCUGCUGUCCUUUGGGGACGACGAUGAUGAUAUGCUGACUGUUGAGGACAUGAGGGCGCUGCGGGGCGUGGAGCUUCCGGCCCUUGAGAGUCUGGUGGUGGACAGGAUCAGCGCAGGCGCCGACGAGGACCCAGCCCCCCACCUGGCCGCGAUGCGCCUGCCGCGGCUGCGGCGACUGAAGGUCGAUGUGUGCUCGUUCGCGGCCGCCGCGGCGUUCGCUGCGGCGCCGUGGAUGGCGGGCGUGGAGGAGCUGGCCAUAUCUGGGGAUGCGGACGCGGCGGCAUCGGGCCACUGGCUGAAAGCGCUGGCCGCCGUGCCGCUGCCUUCGCUGCGCGUGCUGCUACUCCACGUGUCUUCGCCGACCGACCAAGCGCGCCCGGCGCGGGUCGCGUCGCAGCUGGAUCUCGGCCCCCACGAGCGGGGCCUCUACCUGCAGCAGCAGCAGCAGCAGCAGCAGCAGCAGCAGCAGCAGCAGCAGCAGGAGCAGCAGCAGCAGCAGCAGCAGCAGCAGGAGCAGCAGCAGCAGCAGCAGCAGCAGCGGCAUGCAACAUGCGACUAG